UAUACCGUAGUUUCUUACGUGCCUCUCUAUCACAAGGAUAUCUUUUAAAGAAAAGAUAAACAUCUUUUUUUGCAUAAUUUCUUUUAUGUAAUAGCAAUCUGUCUCAACGAGAAGGAUGCAUCCCGCCAGAUACAUUACUAUCUUAUUCGUGUUCGUCGUUUCCUCUUCAAUUUCCGUUUUCGGCUUUCCGGACGGUGCACCGGUGGAUACUUGUGUAAAACCACGACCUAAUCAACCUUAUCACGGCCAAGCGCGAUCGCAGCCUUUACAUACGAGCCCUUAUCAGAUACUGGCCUCGUCAUCACGGUACGGUCCAGGUUCCCAAAUCACAGUUACCAUAGGGGGAGCACCAUUUCAAGGAUUUUUUGUGCAGGCACGUGAUACCAAAACAAAACAAUGGAUUGGAUCAUGGGCACAAACACCGAACACAAAAACACAUUCUGAAUGCAGCGCUGUGACGCACGCGGAUCCACGCGAAAAAGAGCAAGCCACCUUUAUUUGGAAUGCACCGUCAAAUGCACGUGGUAGCGUUUAUUUCACUGGAACUAUAUUGAAAGAUUAUUCAACAUUUUGGUCUGAUCUUGUCUCACAAGUAACGCAAUAAUAAUUUGACAGCACACUAUCAGCAUUCUUAGAUAUCGACAAAGUGCAUUCGCCAGAAGGAUAACAUCUUUAUAAACAAACUUUGUUUAUUAUAUAUUUUUAUAUACCUGCGAUAUGUUUACAAUGUAUAUUUUAUGACGGAUCUUAUGUAUUUUUAUAUUU